AUGAAGUGGUUCUUACAGAUAGGUAGUGCGGUGCUACUCGGAGUCGCCUUGGGCGUCGAAUUUGGGGUAGUGGGAGUCGCCUUUCACAAUCUGAGCUCUUCGAGUCGACCGACUGUGCGCCUAGACCACGGGACGUUCCUGGAAAAUGGCUCAGGCAAUGUCUCGCAGUUUCUCGGCAUACCUUAUGCUCUUUCCCCCACUGGAGACCGUCGCCUGCGUCUCCCCAAACCGCAUCCACCUUACAAUGGCACGUACAACGCCACGACAUUCGGCUUGUUGUGUCCCCAGCAACCUGUGAUGCCGGUCACCCCGAACGAAGAACUCGCGCAGCUCUUGGGUGCUCUGCGCUCAAGCGGAAACGCGCAGGGCGAAGAUUGCGGGUUCCAAGCAGAGGAGACUGCGAUAUACGACGGCGGCGUCAUUGUGCAAACGUCACUCGACUUGGGUUUGCCCGUGGUUUAUAUCAGCAUGAACUACAGAUUAUCUGCCUAUGGGCCUCUAGGUGGAGCUGAAAUCAAGAAUGCCGGCGUUGGGAACCUCGGCCUCCAGGAUUACCCGAAGAAAGUCAUCAUCUGGGGCGAGAGCGCAGGCGCAAUGUCAGUCGGCACGCACGUGCUUGCCAACGACGGUAACGCCGAGGGGCUGUUCCGCGGCGGCAUCAUGCAGUCCGGCUCGCCGCUGCCCGUCGGCGACAUCAUGCACGGGCAGAAGUACUAUAACCUUAUGGUUGAGCGGACAGGGUGUGCGGGCGCGAGCGAUACGCUGCAGUGCUUGCGCCAGGUGCCGUACGAUGUGUUCCAGGCUGCGUCAAACAGCACACCGUCGAUAUUCGAUUACCAGUCUAUGCAGCUGCCGUGGUGGCCACGAGCUGACGGGGUAUUCUUGAAAGAGAAUGCACAAUUGCUCACCGAGCAAGGAAGGGUCGCAGACAUGCCUUUCAUCUCGGGGGAUUGCGAAGACGAAGGGACGUUCUUCUCGCUGAGUUCCCAUAACGUUACGACCGACUACGAAGCACGCGGGUAUAUAGCAUCGAACUACUACCCCCAGUCCACCGCGGACGACAUCAACCGCCUGAUGGCGCUCUACCCCUCCGACCCCGCACAGGGCUCACCGUUCGACACAGGCGCAGAUAACGCAUUGUCGCCGCAGUACAAACACCUCGCCGCACUCCAGGGCGACCUCGCGUUCCAAGCACCGCGCCGCUUCUUCCUGCGCGCACGGGCAGACGCGCACCAGCGCAUCUGGGCCUUCCUGUCCAAGCGCCUGAAGAGCCUGCCGUACAUGGGUUCGUUCCACGGAUCUGACAACGUUUACGGGUCCGGGAAUCUCGAUCUGGUCGACUUCUUCGUCCGCUUCGCGCACACGCUCGACCCCAACGUCGGCGCGCCGCGCACCGGCGCUGUGCACUGGCCCCGAUACUCGUCCGCGUCGCCCGCACUGAUGACCUUCUUGGACGGCGCGGUCUCGCUCGCGCUCUCCAACGACACGUAUAGGUCGGAGGGCUUCGAGCUGCUGACGCAGCUGACUCUAGAACAUCCUUUCUAA